AAACUUUUUUUGGAGCCCUCCCCCACCUCUCUCUCUCUCUCUCUCUCUCUCUCUCUCAUUCCUCUGUCCGUUCCGGCGGUAGGCUAAUGAUGGUAGACCCAUGAUGGAGACUCAGACUUCUAAAACGGCGCCGGUAGAAAAGUGACUCCUCGUGGUAGAUCACGGCGAGGAUAAUAACGGUAAAAGAGAUCUAGAAUGGAGACGGUUGAGCAGCUCGUUUCGUUUAACCAUAUCCAAGUCCAGCUGAAGGGAGGCUCGCCUUGGGGGUUCACGCUGAAAGGAGGUCUCGAGCACGGAGAACCGCUCAUCAUCACUAAAAUAGAAGAUGAUGGAAAGGCAGAACAGUGUAACAAGCUGAGGGUGGGAGAUGAGCUGGUAAAUAUUAAUGGAUCAGCCCUGUAUGGUUCACGACAAGAGGCCCUCAUCCUCAUCAAGGGAUCCUAUAGGAUACUGAAGAUCACCGUACGCAGACGCAGUAUACCUGUGAUCAGGCCUCACUCCUGGCAUCUGGCCAGGCUGUCAUCAUCAGAGUCCCCCCCCAGCACUACCCCUCUCCCUCCUCUCCCUGCCGACACCCUCCCCCCUUCUGCCCCCCCCUCUGCCAUGCAGCUCCACCCUGGGCCCUACACACUACCCUGGCACUCUACAGCAGACAGCAGUGAUCUGUCUAUCCAGUGGAAUCAGCUCUCCAGACACUACUCCACAGACCACAGCAGUUCUCUAGGUAGCAUGGAGAGCCUGGAGCCUCCUAGCAGCCAAGUGUACUACGAUUCCCAGAAUUCACCAGUGGACCCUGCCAUCUUCAACAACAAGAGGGACUACAAUUCCCCUGUUGACCCCGGCAUCUUCAACAACAAGAGAGACUACAAUUCCCAGAAUUCCCUAGUGGACCCUGCCAUCUUCAACAACAAGAGAGACUACGAUUCUCAGAAUUCCCCUGUCGACCCUGUCAUCUUCAACAACAAGAGAGACUCUGCCUAUAGUUCUUUUUCAGCUAGUUCUAAUACAUCUGACUAUACUGUCUCACUGAGAGCUGGUGAAGCCUGUUCCAUGGAGAAUAUCCUCCAGAGCCUGGGGCCAGGGGGGCCCACCAGCCGGGGGUAUGCCUGCGGCGAUGCACCGUCCCUGGGGAAGGAGUCAGGCGAGCCCCGAGAUGAGACCAGAACCUCUGCCUUACUAAAGUCUGGGUCGCUGACCAGACCGAGAGUGAGGCAGCCAGACGCUAAGGAGAGACCAUCUUCAUACUGUUAUGAGGACGAGAGGAGGAAGGGAGAAGGGGAGAUGGGUGGAGGAGAAGGGGAAAGGGAGGUUUCGAGUCCCCCCCAGCCACCGACCAGGAAGGACAGUUUCAGGGCCACCCGGGGUUGCUCCGGGGUCACAGAUGUCAAAGUACAACGAUGCAUCCCUGACCCCGUUGGAAUUCCCAGCCUCUCCCAUUGCCAUGCCGAAGACGUUGACGACGAUCUUCUGAGCAUUCCCGGCGUUCCGAGCAGCAACGGCUAUCCUGCUACUAGUGAGACGUCAAAGACUGAGGGAAACAGAAAUGGAAACAGGGUUGGGAAUUUCAAAGGUGAUUCUUUAGAGCAGUACUACACCCUCAUUUCCAAGAAAAAAGGUUCCCGUAAGGACAACAACUCAGAGAUCCAGAAUAGCCACCCAGACCCCCUUUCCCCCCUCCUCCCUGCUCCAGAGAUAAGCUCCUCUUCUCCCAUCUCAAGCCCCGACCCUCCUGACACCUCCAUAGUUCCAGAACCCUUAGGGGAGCCCAGCCACCUCCUCCCCCAGAACGAGCACUCCUCAUCAGGUCUCUACAGACACAGCGCCCCUGAGAAACUCUUGUCCCAGCUACAUCUCCUAGAGUUCUCCAGCGACCCCUCGGACCCUUCAGACCGUAGCUCCGUCUCCCCCUCCAGCUCCCAGUGGUCUCACUCCCCCUUUCACCCCACCAGAGAGAACAUAUCUGGGGAUCUAGGGAGUAACAACGCCCCUGUCCAACUCCAGCAGAACCAGGGGAAGUGGGGAGGGGGUGCUGGAGGGGGAGGGAGUCGCUGCUCUUCCCCAGGAUCGGUGGAGAUCGAUGGGGUUAGAGAGGCAAGGGAGAUGGGAUUGGUGGUUGGGGCUGCUGCUGCUACUCUCCUCUCUCCCAUCCAGCUCCAACACCCCUGGGGUAGGUCAUUGAGUGUUCCAGGGUCAGAGAAGCCUUCUGGAGGCUGUACCCAGGGAGGAGUGAGCUCCGAGCAGGUACAGAAGACAGACUUUGGGCCUCUCAGUGCUGCAGCAAGUGUGGAUAGCCUACUUGGGGAGGAUCUGAGAGGAGGAGGAGGAGACAGAAGAGGAGAAAGAGAGGAUGAUGAUGAUGGAGAGGUGCUGAUGAAGAAACCCAGGAGUCACCGUUCGUCCCGGUCACGCCGCCGCAGCGAACGCUUUGCCACGAACCUCCGAAAUGAGAUCCAGCGCAAGAAAGCUCAGCUGUCGAAGAGCAAAGGCCCAGGAGGGCUGCUCUACGGCGGGGAGACGGUCGAGGAAGAAGAGGGUCCUGACCUGGAGGACCUCCAGAGGGAAGAGGCUGACGACCUCAAGGAAAGGUGCACCCAGGAAAGGUGCUCCCAAGGCAGGUACACCUCGUCUGAUGCCAGCCGAUCAGCUCCAGCCCCUGGAAGUCUACUGGCCUCUACUUCCACACCCCAGCUCCACCUGUCAUCCCCAACCCCAGUUUCAGCUCUGCAACCCCCCAGGGAUGAAUAUCCUGAACCACAGGAGGACCAAAACCAAGCGUCAGACCCAUCCAGGACCACCCAGAUGUUGGAUCCAGCCAUGCCCAGCUGCGAUGUGGGAAUCCAGGUGGUGGAGGAGCAAGCUCCAGCUGGUAUGGCUCGCCGAUGGAGGUGGACGCCCGAACACAAUCUCCAACUGGAAAUGGACACCGACCGUCAGGGCGAGAGGGUCAGAGGGGCCCUGGGGGUAUCAGGACGAGGAAGAGCAGCCUCCACCUCUUCUUCCACCACCACUUGUUCUUCUCAUACGGAGGAGUGCGAUAUUCUUCCUUUCGCGGAUCGUUGUAAGUUCUUUGAGGAGACCAGUAGGAGUAUGUCGGUGUCGAAUCUGCCAGGCCUGACGAGUCGACGGCAGAGGCCAGAUAGACAUGGGAGGCAGCCUCAUCCAUCCACGCUGGAGAACCAGAGAGGGGGCUACGGACAGGGACAAGCCCAGCGGAGGUACUCGUACCAGGGGGGAAUCCAGAAGGAAAGUCCCCUAUCGAUUACAACCAUGGAGGCCCGGAGACAAUUGGUUUGCAGCAACAGGGAUAGAGAAAAGGAGGGGGAGAGAGCGAAGGAGGGGGAGAGAGCGACGGAGGUGGAGAGAGCGAAGGAGGUGGAGAGAGCGAAGGAGGUGGAGAGAGCGAAGGAGGUGGAGAGAGCGAAGGAGAGGGAGAGAGCGAGGGAGAGGGAGAGAGCGAGGGAGAGGGAGAGAGAGAAGGAGAGGGAGAGGGAGAGAGAGGAGAGAGAGAAGGAGAGGGAGAGAGAAAAGGAGAGGGAGAGAGAAAAGGAGAGGGAGUGGGAAAGAGGGAAGAAAAGGGAGGAGAGAGCAAGAGAGAGGGAGAUGGCGCUUGAAAGGGAGAGAGAGCGAGAGAGAGAGGAACAGAGACAAAGGGAAGAGAAGGCUAGACUGAGAGAGAGGGAGAGAGAAAGAGAGAAGGAGAUUGACCUGGCGAGGGAAUGUGAGAGGGAGAUGGAGAGACAAGGAGAGAGGGAGAGAGAGUCACUCAGUACAGCUCGGGACCUCUACAACACUUGGACUCAGCCCCAGGCAUACCAGAAGACCCAGACCCACUCCUGUCCCCAUCCCCAAGCCCAGAUCGAGGCCCCUCAUUCAGCCUUCCGCCCUGUCAACACCCCUCUCCUCCAGGACGACCAGGCUCCACAUCAGGGGUACCUACCAUAUGGCUACACACCAACAGAGGAGUAUCCUGCGCCAUCCCAGCCGUUACCACGGGAACAAACACAAAUCAACAGGAAGUUCAGCCUGACCGAGAGGGACAACCCGCGGUACAGACGUGAUUCCUGCACCAGGCCACCAGAUUGCGCUAUAACAGUUACACCACACCAAUACCACCACCACCACCUGGGUCAGAGCGGCAGGCUGUCUGCCUGUAGUGUGGAUGAUCCCACAUCUUCAUCAUCGUCUUCAUCACUACGAAGCAGGGCCAUGUCAGAGAAUGAUCUACGCUUCGACUCCACAUACCACCGUGCUUCCCCCUCGGUUGCUACAGCGACACCGCUUUCAGAGCUGGAGGAGGGAGGCGGGGUUGAUGGAGUGGGAAGUGCUAGGGGAGUGGCUACCAGGAAGAAAACCCCACCCCCUCCCAGGCCGCCUCCCCCCAAAUGGGAGGAGUUCCACCGAAGGAGAGCGCCCCACAACACCCUCUUCGCCUCUUCUCUCUCCUCCACCUCUUCUUCAUCAGUCCAUCCUCUCCCUCUCAGUCCACCAGAGGGUCUACCCUCUCACCCUCCUCACACCUCCUGUCCCACAGAAACGUCCAAAAUGACGCAUCAGCGCUCCUACAGCCUCCCGCCUCAGAGGGAGGAGCUAGAGGGGUGCCAGCGCUGCAGCCUGAGCCAGCUCCAGGAACGCCCCUUUUCACAAGCCACGCCCAGUCCUGGGUUCAGACGCAGGUCCUUCCUGCCGGUGGCUCCACAACAUAGAGAGAGAGACACACCCACUCAUUACAACAACUCACUGCCCCCUCUACCACCAUCAGACAACCAAGCCAGGCUAUGCAACAUGGAUGAUCAAGAUCUCCCUGCUGUGUUGAAGCCCAUCUCUCAUAGACAGCAGAGGGCCGGGGCUGAGUGGGAGAGAACUCCAUCUCCCAGGGUGCAUAUCGUCUCAGCCCUCCCCACCAUAGAGAACGGUGUUAUCUCUCUAGAGUCCUAUUUUGCUAUGAGCUUCGAGCAGCAGCAACAACUACAGAACAGUAGAAGAUUCCGGAAUCAUCCCCACAACAACAAUAACAACAAACCAGAAUUGGAACCCGAAUUGGAACUGGAACCAGGUUUUAGCCCGAGCUCCGCCCAGAGCUUGGAACAGGAAGUGGACAUCCCCAUGGAAACAGACAUUGACGACUUCCAGGAGGAGGGGCUUCCUGAGGAUGAAGAGCCAAUCAGGACAGAGCUCCAGUGUUUUGCUCUGCCCGUCACGGUUCUGGAGACAGACAUCGAUACGCUGCCUGCCCAGGAGGCCUCGCCGGCGGGUAGGAAGACUGCAGAGAGUGGGUCCCUGGAUGGGGAGAUGGAGGACCAGGGGAUGGGGACCAGAGAGGGACUCAUGGAGGAGCUAUUGCCCCAGAGCGGUGGGGGCAAGGCGGGCACAGAGAGCUGGAGAGGGGCCUACCGUAACACAAACUCGGAGAAAAACACUGACAGCCUGGAUAGGCAUUCUGCUGCCAGCUCCAGUUGUUCGUCCUAUUAUUCUACCUCAGCAGCCAAGGCUCAGCUCCUCACUCAGAUGAAAGACUACUGCUCAGAUGCCAGAGAUACUGAUCACGAUGACCAACUGUCUUAUAAGAAACAGUUGAUGGAGAGUCUCCGUAAGAAGCUAGGAGUUCUGAGAGAAGCACAGAGAGGUCUACAGGAAGAUAUACGGGCUAACACACAGCUGGGAGAAGAGGUUGAGAGCCUGGUGCUAGUGGUCUGUAAACCCAACGAGGUGGAUAAGUUCAGGAUGUUUAUCGGGGACCUGGAUAAGGUGGUCAGUCUGCUACUGUCUCUCUCUGGUCGGCUACUGAGGGUGGAGAGCUCCCUGGCCAACCUGGACGCUGAGACUGGACACCACGAGAGGCUCCUCCUCCUGGAGAAGAAGCGACAGCUACAGGUCCAGCUGUCUGAAGCCCAGGACCUGAAGGAACACGUGGACCACAGAGAGCAGGCUGUAGGAAGGGUUCUGGGACGAUGCCUCUCCCCAGAACAGCACCGUGACUACAGCCACUACGUGAAGAUGAAGGCAGCAUUACUGGUGGAACAGAGACAGCUGGAGGAGAAGAUCAGACUGGGAGAGGAACAGUUAAGGGGGCUGAGGGAGAGUCUGGGGUUAGGGUUAGGGCUGUCUAUGGGCUAUGGACACUAUUAAACCAACCAGGAAACCUUAAAGCUGGGGUUAGGGCUGUCUAUGGACACUAUUAAACCAACCAGGAAACCUUAAAGCUGGGGUUAGGGCUGUCUAUGGACACUAUUAAACCAACCAGGAAACCUUAAAGCUGGGGUUAGGGCUGUCUAUGGACACUAUUAAACCAACCAGGAAACCUUAAAGCUGGGGUUAGGGCUGUCUAUGGACACUAUUAAACCAACCAGGAAACCUUAAAGCUGGGGUUAGGGCUGUCUAUGGACACUAUUAAACCAACCAGGAAACCUUAAAGCUGGGGUUAGGGCUGUCUAUGGACACUAUUAAACCAACCAGGAAACCUUAAAGCUGGGGUUAGGGCUGUCUAUGGACACUAUUAAACCAACCAGGAAACCUUAAAGCUGGGGUUAGGGCUGUCUAUGGACACUAUUAAACCAACCAGGAAACCUUAAAGCUGGGGUUAGGGCUGUCUAUGGACACUAUUAAACCAACCAGGAAACCUUAAAGCUGGGGUUAGGGCUGUCUAUGGACACUAUUAAACCAACCAGGAAACCUUAAAGCUGGGGUUAGGGCUGUCCAUGGGCUAUGGACACUAUCACAUUGACAUUGCCAUGGGAAGAGCCUCAGUCUUGGCUUGGGUCUUGGUCUAGAAAUAGAGGACUUUGUUGGACUGGUUAGGGAUGGGACAUGGGAGGAUGGCCCUGGGGUAUGGGCACUAAUUGAAAGGCCAGGAAGAAGAGAAGGUUAGUGGGUUAUGGGAGAGCCUGGGCUUGGGGUUGGAGAUUGGCCUGGGGUAUAGGCACUAUGGGGAGACAGCCAUCCUACACACAGAGACCCUAGAGGAUGGGACAUGGGUACCACUGAACAACCCCAGUGUGUCCUUAAAAAGUGCUGCCCACUUUUCAAAAACACUUCAGUCCUUUUUCUUGACACUCAACACUUAUUGAGAGAGUGUUUUAAGUCUUCGCUUGGCAGUAUUGGUGCAGUAAAAACACACACCUACUCUUUGGUGUUACAUUGUGGAUCUUUAACUUACCGACAUGAUCCUCACAAUCACACACUACGUGGUCAUUGAAGUUGUUGUUGUUUAGUGAGCGUGUGUUACUGAAGAGGCCUGGAGAAAGUAUUUAUUUAUUUAUAACUUCUCCUCUGUAGACGACAGGGAGACUCUAGGGUGCUAGACGAGUGUUUUUCGUUAAACUGUUGAAUAUAAUCUAAUCUGUGCAGAAAAAGAGAGAAAAGCUCCUUCUUUCUCUCCACUCAUAAUCCAUUAUGUCCCAAUAUCUUCUCUGCCGUACUACUUAGCAUCCGUGGACAACACAUUAUUCACUACAUACUCAGUAGUUUACAAGUGUGAAUGUUGAGAUCCCAAUCACAUACAGUUGAAGUCAGAAGUUAACAUACACCUUAGUCAAAUACAUUUAUACUCAGUUUUUCACAAUUCCUGACAUUUAAUCCUAGUAAAAAUUCCCUGUCUUAGGUCAGUUAGGAUCAACACUUUAUUUUUAGAAUGUGAAAUGUCAGAAUAAUAGUAGAGAGUGAUUUAUUUCAGCUUUUAUUUCCUUCAACACA